UCCAAGCCCUUUGCCAGCAAUUAGAGAAAUAUAACAAUUUGACAGAAAGACAGAAAACAAAUCUCUUCCAAGAGUUAAUUUAGAUUUAUGGUUCACAGUAUUGAUUAGAAGGGGUUAUUAACACAUGUGCAGAUGAAGAAAAUGGAGGAUGAAAAACUUUUAACUACAAAGUGUAGGAUGAGGUCCCAGUAUUUUCUCCUCAAAAAGACAAUCUUGGGCUUUAUGUAUUUCAAGGUUUUAAAAUGUUCAGUUUGUCUGUAAGAAACGAUAAACCUAUAAAGCCACUUACAGGUUUAUGGGGGUGGGAAAUAGAUGUUUAACUUUAUUGUUUGAGCAUAUGAUGUGUCAAGCUGUAUAUGUUUGAAUGUUUAAAAUACCUUGUUCCUUAAAGUGGGCCAAGGAACAGAGGUCUUGACAUAGGUAGGAGCCUGUUACAGACUUACUGAAUCAGAAUCUAAGUUUAACAAUCUCCCCAGAUGAUAUAUGUAUCUAUUAAAGAUUAGGGUUCAAACCAAGGGUUUCUCUGUUACUGGGUGAUCUUCGUUAAAUUCCUUAACCUCUCUGAGCCUGUUUCCUCAUUUAUGAACUAGUGAGAAUUAAUGUUAAUGUGUGACAUUUCUUAAUAUUGUGCCAUGUCCAGAGUAGGUGCUCUAUAAAUGGUAGCAAUUAUCAUGAUGAUGAUAAUCUUGGCGCUGCUAAAGUUACCUCCUUGCAAGAGCAGUAAACAAUCAUAUUUAAAUCAAUGUGACUGGCUUCCCCCCUUAACCGCAAACAUUUGUGCCUCCCACCCUCAUUCCUAAAUGAAUUAACACUGAACAAGUGGGAUUUUAAGCUUCAGAUGACUAUCACGCACAUAUAAAUAAAGAAUAAUGGGAAAACCUAGGAACGUGGAUUUUUGCUGGCUUAGAGACUGAAUUCAGCUGCCCCAUGACUUCACAGCUGUUUCUGCCGCCCUAGAGUGUCUGUCCCCUCAGCUCUGUCCCCUCAGCCGGGUCUGCAACGCUGACUCUGGGAUUUUCUUAUAAAAAUGCCUGAUGGACGGGAGGAAGAUCUGGAGGUCGGCAGGGGAAAAACCGUGCUGUUAGAGGCUCUUUCCCAGAAGUUGGACGAAGAGACUCAAGCGUUGCUGUUUCUUCCCUUCCAAGUCAAGUGGUUACUCUGGUAAUGGAUUGCCUCUCUCGGAGCUUUCACCCUGGUGAGACUGUCCAGAUCUAGUCUGCAAACCCAGCUUAGAAGCACUGUUGUAAAAAUGACUGAAGAGCCCAUCAAGGAGAUCCUGGGAGCCCCAAAGGCUCACAUGGCGGCGACGAUGGAGAAGAGCCCCAAGAGUGAAGUCGUGGUCACCACAGUCCCCCUGGUCAGUGAGAUUCAGUUGAUGGCUGCUACAGGGGGUACCGAGCUCUCCUGCUACCGCUGCAUCAUCCCCUUCGCUGUGGUUGUCUUCAUUGCUGGCAUCGUGGUCACCGCGGUGGCUUACAGCUUCAAUUCCCAUGGCUCCGUCAUCUCCAUCUUUGGCCUAGUUGUUCUGUCAUCUGGACUUUUUUUACUAGCCUCCAGCGCCUUGUGCUGGAAAGUGAGACAAAGGAGCAAGAAAGCCAAGAGACGGGAGAGUCAGACAGCUCUCGUGGCAAAUCAGAGAAGCUUGUUUGCUUGAGACUGAAAAAGACCAAAUGGGCUAUUGGGCCUGGAAAACCUGCUCUGACUUUGUCACCCAAUUCACCCAGAACCAUGGUGGGAGAGAACAGAUUUGGCAUUGGAGCAGACUGGAAGAAUAGGGGUGGGAGGGUGGAGGGGCUUCUCCUUUGUGAGGAAUGACUCAUGUCUUCUUUAACGACAAACUUAAUCCUAAGGGCUAUUUCUGAGACUGCAAAAUCAGCUUUCUAUUUACAUUAAACAUUUUGGGGGUCAUGGGAGUGCACGGCAUUAGACAGCGUUUGGUUCACCCUGUAAAGUAGCCAAGAAAAGAUGAGAAAAUAACAAGAUAGCCCUGGCACACUAGACAUUUGCCUCCAAAAGAAAUAACCCACAGUCUUAAGAUGUACCAUAAAAAUGUUCUGCCAAGGAUCUAAAUUACCUUGCGCUUCGCAUAUAUCUAUGAAAUUCUGUGAUAAUUUUUUUCAAUACAUUGAUUCACUGGCAUCUGUUUUUAUUUUUCACUUUUAAUAACUCAUCACUGGUGGUACUUUAUCUUGAAGAGUAAACUAAUAUUUUUUAUAUUUUAACAUUGGACAGUUUUAGCCAGUUGUAAUGAUGUGUCAGAAGUAAAGAAAAACCCAUUAAAGGUAUAGCUAAUAGAUGCUAUUGGGGGUUAAAUUAAUAGUAAACUAAUCCAAUAUAGCACUUUUGAUGAUUUUUAUAUAAAAAUCAAGUGUACAUUUCAUUCAGAAUAAUAAAUACUUAUUGCUGCUAAAACUUCUUAAAUGGUUGUUUCUGUUGUAGUUAUUUCUAUUGCAGUUCCAAAUUGCUAUAUUCCCUUGUCUCAUUUGCAAGUUCUCAAUUAUAUUUCUCUCAAAUGGACAGGUUCCUUCUUCUUUACUGGAGGAUUUUUGUUUUUAUCAUAUUGGUUUUUCAUUACUUCUGAAUAGUCUUAAUUACGUUUACUAAAUUCUAAAGGAGUUCUCUGCUAUUAUAAUUAGGAAAUCAAUGUCUUUGGUCAGGAACUUUAUAAUGUGCUAUUAAAUGUAUAUUACAUUUUUGUGGAA